CUUCUUCUUCUUUUUUUUUUGCAUGUUGCUUUGUCGGCUUUAAAAACGGGAAAGAAAAAAACAGACCUCAGUUCGUAAUUGUACUGCCAGAACCUCUGUUUCGCAGAUGUAGCGUUCAAUGGUACUUUUCCUUAUGAGAAACUGAAGCCAAUAUUUUAAGUUUGGUGGAACAUUUUACGCUUUUUUUAAACGGACUUUCGGCUGCUCCGCGUUACACUAGAGGCAUUUUAAACUGUGGGCGUCCACUCUUGAAAACCUCCAAUAUUUGUGAUUAGGAUUCUCGUCACCAGCUGGACGCAGUCACAGGGUUAUAUCUUUUGAGUGCACACGCAAAGGAGAAUCUGAUGCCAAGCUGUAACACAAGUAGUUUUUUUUUUUUUUGCGUGUGUUAAUUAUUUAGCUCAUACAUGCCACGAACCUUUCCAAAUGGACCCACUUUGCCCAAAGGCCAGAACUUUGUGUGGCAGUGUCUUGUAACUUUGGCAGCAUGAAAACAUCUGCGCUCGGAUAAGAACAUUUCUGGUGCCAGAGCCUGUUUUGGUGAAGCUGCGUUCACGCACUGGGAAGCAUUCGCUCUGUUGUGAAGAUUUUCUAGGCCUGCCUUCUUUUGUAGUUUUGGAUAAAAGAAAAAGAAUGCAUGGCUUUUCGUGAGAAACAUUGCUUCAUAUAAAUACUUUCUUUGUGCUGACUGCUGGACGUUCUUGUGGACUGUGUUGCUAUUUAAUGCAAUGGGCUGCAUCCAGAGUAUCAGAUGUAAGCCCAAGAGUUUCCGAGACAGCAUCGUCAUCCUGGAGCUGAACGCUACUAUCGACUCCAACCCCACCAGCAUCGACGAGACAUCCGGCGUGGUCUUGCGCUACCGGACGCCGCACUUUCGAGCGAACGCCCGAAUACUGGUGCCACCAGUAGCAGCUAAGGAGACGUGGACCAUCGGCUGGAUCCAAGCCUGCAACCACAUGGAGUUCUUUAACACGUAUGGGGACAAAGGAAUGUCAAGUUGGGAACUCCCUGAUCUACGUGACAGCAAGAUCCAGGCCAUCAGCGACUCAGACGGCGUCAACUACCCGUGGUACGGAAACACUACUGAAACCUGCACCGUCAUAGGCCCCACCAAGAAGGACAGCAAAUUCGUAGUCAGUAUGAAUGACAAUUUUUACCCCAGCGUGACUUGGGGAGUGCCCGUCAGCGACAGCAAUGUGCCUCAGCUCAGCAGCAUCUUCCGCGACCAGAGCUUCACGACUUGGCUCGUGGCCAUCAAUCAGGCCACCUCAGAGACGCUGGUCCUGCAGACGAUCCGCUGGAGGAUGCGGCUUGACAUAAAAGUGGACCCGGAGAAGCCGCUGGGUCAAAGGGCCGUUCUGAAAGAGCCCGUGGCCCAGGUACAGCCACAGAUUCUGGGAAAGAAUGAGCCCAUCCCCCCCAACGCCAUGGUCAAGCCCAAUGCCAACGACGCCCAGGUGCUGAUGUGGCGGCCAAAGACUGGUGACCCUGUGGUGGUCAUCCCACCUAAAUACUGACCUGUUUUCCCUCUGACUUUCACUGACUGGCCUUGGAUACCUUAACAGUAUCAUCUUCUUUAGUUUCUUUCUUUUACUCCUGCUCCUCACCAGCUCUCACUGCUUUAACUCUUCUUUUUUUCUGUCUCUAUAUUCUCUCAUGUUUGAAAAUGAAACCAGCUCUCAGAAAACAAAACAAAAGACCAGCUGUUGCUUUGAGCUACGGGCUUGAACACUUUCUAAAGGCACUUUUGAAACUGGAGAAAAUGCAACUAUUCUACCUUCAGACUUGGUCGGGUCUCACUGUGCUAAACUGCAAAAACGAAAGAGAGCAUUUGUUUUGUUUUUUUACAGUACUGUAUAAUUGUUUGAGCCAACCGACGUAGGGUUUGGGAGUCCAGGGCAGAUUGAAGUUUUUCUAUGACCGUGCGUGUGCAGGUGGAUAUGCACAAAGGUCAUGAACAAGCAUCAGUUGUGUUUUGUUUUUUUAAUUUAUGGACUGGAAGAGAAGCGUAUUUAAUUGUAUUUGAUGUUAUUGCUGUGUUCUCUACAUGACACAUUGCAUUGGGUGACAUACUAGAUUUUAGUACUUUUUAAAGAAAAAAACAAACAUGCAAGACAUUCAAUCCAUGCUGCCUUACAUUACAUUGCUUUCCACUGCGAACUUCUUAGCCUUAAACAAAGUGCAAUGCAGUAUGUGGUAAACUCAUGCCCGUUCCUUCCAGACUGUUGGCGCUGGCACGUGUGGGUUUAGGACAGGAACCACAGCACUGAGGAAAAACUCGGGUUUCAGAUCUUGGCUUCUGGGUUUCAUUUACCUGCUGAAUCUAUUGUCUUAACAAACGCAACUGGCAUUAUGCACAGACACAGUUACACAACUGAGCUAACUAGCUGAGCUGUGUUUCAAGUGCUUUAUGCAAGAGAGGAGAUGCUCUGUGCAGAUGGACAUACAGAGAGGCGAGUCUCAUCAGCAGCCCUCAGCACACACACAUAAACACAAAAACAUGCAAUAACAACUUGAGCAUAAAAAAAACUCCACAGCUGACCUCAUUUCACUUAUUUUACUCAAACCUUUACUGUUUUAGCAAAGUAGCAGAAAACAAGUUCUCUUUUCUCGAUAUUACGCCAUCUCAGGGCCCCUUGUUACUUCCUUCCCUUCUCGAAUCUUUUUUUUCCACCCAUCCUGUCUCGCCUCCUCCUUAUCACAUUGCUCACAUUGAGCAAUCAAUAUCUGUUAUAAAUAAGAAGGGAAAUAUUUUUUAAUAAGUGGUCAAUGAAAACAGCAGUCUGUCUUUUAUUUUUUGCUCCUGCAAUCUUUUUGUCAUCGCAUUUUUAUUGCUGCUGCCAUUAAUUUGCCUUCCAUCUAAUUUAAUCCAAUCAUUUGUCUUCUAUGUUAACAGAUUUUUCUGUUUGUUUCCCCCCCCCCCCGUCCCUCACCCUCAAUCACUUUUAAUCUUUAUCUACCACCAGUGCUCCUCCUCCCACUCGCUCACUUGUUCACUUCCUCUCUGCCUCUUUUAUUUAUUUUUUUCAUCUGCUGUCGAGGCUGCAAAAGCAGAGCAGGAGGCAUGCGAGUUCGAUGCUCAGUUGGCAUAUAGAUGACCCACUUCUCCUUAGCUCUCUCCUCGCUGCAGAAAUGUGGGGCCCGUGUUUUUUUUAUUUCACCGCUGGUGCACGACCCCCCCCACACACACACACAUAAGGAAGUGGCUCUGGUCAGCUAAAGAUCGACGGUCGAUGAAACGAUGCGUAUUUAAGUGCUAAUCUUGGAGAAGGGCUUUGGUGGUGAACUGAAACUGCUUGCAAAAGCGUGAAGAAACAGGCUAAAUUUGGCAAUAAGGGAGGAGGGGGACAGGGGUCAUUUACUUAUCAAUGGUAUCCCAAAUAUACUAUGGGUUGUGUAGACAGUUUUUCACUUCCAGUUGUUCGAAGCAUCUUGCAAUUUCCUUCCGCCCCUCCCCAGUCUGUGUGUGUUCAGCGCCAACUAAAGAAAUCAUCUGCAUUCAAGUCUGAUCUGCUCGUGCAUUUCACAAAGGUCACUGGGCUGCUGUUUCAGAGUCCAAGCAUCAUACGCUGUAUACCACCAGACUUGGUCCGGUCCUUCAGUGGCCCUACAUCAGCCACUUUCACUGAGAAAGCAGGCACACACAAACGUAAAUAAUCACGAUCUGUUCCACAUAGGAGUGGAGUUUAAUUAAGGUGACGGGUAACAUCUGCGUUUACCUCGAGCAAAGAGCAGGCGGCUGGGUGGAGGGGUGGGGAGCGGGGGACGCUGAAUGUGAAGGUGACAACAAACCGGAUCCAACUUAGAUCUUUGCAGCAGCUUAAAAAUAACGCUGGCAUUUUCAGAGAACUUGGAUGUCAAGUUGCUUCAGCUUGUGGCUUGUAGUGAAGGUGAUGCCGCUCAUGCUGCGAACCCACCGACCUCUCUCGGGCAAUAAGCGGCCCGUCUGCUCCGCGGAAAGCCGCGCGAUGACCGGUGGACACCGUGGAUCGUACUCAAGUUGGACCACGUGUAAUGUAAUUAAGUGCUGACACACAGUCACUGACUUUCAGUGUGUGCGUGUGCUUUAAUUCCCGCUGGGAGGAUUUAGGCAAGAUGAGGAGUUUCACUCGUGCUUAUGCUGUUGUUGAGUCAUGACCCUCCCUCUGUCUUU